CUGGCUGCGUGCGGAGAGGCCCCGUGGGCUGGGCAGGGCGCCUGGGCCUUCCUCCCUCAGGGCUCAGCCUCCCAGGGCCGGGCCCUCCAGCAACGGGGACCUCGCAGGGCCUGUUUCCACAUUUAAGCAGGCGGACUGGCCAGAAGCCUGGUAGAGCCUCUUCCCUUGGCCUUGUUUCCUGUGCUCCUCAAAGCCCUGGUGCUCAGACCAGCCCUGGGGGACAGGCAAGAGCAGUGUGAGGCUGGCGGGGCCCAGAGGAGGCAAGUGUCCCCUGAGGGGGCAGGAGGUCAUGCUGGGGGCAGAGGUGUCCUGGAGGAGAGCACCUGCAGGGCGGCCCCCACAGGGCAGAGGUCUACGGAGUGGGCUCGGGGCCUAGCGCCCUCCCCCAGCACCACCCUGCCCCGCGCCGGUGCGGGUGAAGCUGCAGGCGUGGGGGUUGGCACCGAGAUGCGAGAUGGGAGAAGACAGCCUGGGCUAUCCCGCCUGUGGGUGGUGGCUGGUGCCCUCUGUCCUCCCAUCCGCUGGAAACGGUGGGUAAAUUGAUGAAGGACCCAGAGGAAAACGAGCCCAUCUUCCCCUUUCUGUUUUGCAAUGAAAGGCUUUCCCUCCACUGUGUUUUUGUCUUAAGCUGGGGAGGGAGCUAGCACAGACCUUGGCUCCCUUUCUGUGAAGCUGGAGAGCAGGAGAGAUCAAAACACCAGAUAACAAGAGGCCCGCUCUUCCUUUAUGGUCCGGAGCUGGGCCAAAGGCCCCAGGGCAUCCUCAGACGCCCAGACCCAGACCCGGCUCUGCAGAUCCCGGCUCUGCACCCUCGGGGCCCUGGAGGUGCUGGGACCUCUUCCUUUAUGGUCCGGAGCUGGGCCAAAGGCCCCAGGGCAUCCUCAGAUGCCCAGACCCAGACCCGGCUCUGCAGAUCCCGGCUCUGCACCCUCGGGGCCCUGGAGGUGCUGGGACCGCCCCGGGCAGGUCCUAGGGUGUCUUUGGGUGGGAGCCCUUGAGGGGCUUUGGUUUCUCUGCCCAAUACCUUCCCAGCGCUCACGGGGCCACAGACCCGUCUCCUCAGUGACAAGCAGCCUCUCGGCCUGGUGGGCCCCGAUGAAGAAGGGGGUGCUGGCGGGGGAGGUGUCCACCCAGGAGCUCCAGGCCGCCUUCCGGAGUCAGCUCAGGAAAAGGCUACCAGCCUGUUUCCUGUCUCCCUCAAGAGUCCCCGUCCCACUGCCCCGGGCAGCGCUGGCCCCGGGGGAAACCGGCUGGACUGCCCGAGAAGGUGGAGCUCGCAGGCAGAGAAGCAGAGGGAACGGAACGGCCUUCCCAGACCAGGUGUGGGUGUCCCACGUGGGACACUCGUGCUGGCCGGGAAGCCCUCUGACAUGUGACUUCUCUGCAGCCCAGAGCUGCCGGCCAGCCCUCUCCACUGAACGGGCCACCCGUGACUGCUCGACCAAUGGAAUGGGGCCAGUUCGGAACCAGGGUCUCAGAGGCCUUGUCACUUCCGCUCUCAUCCCUGGGGCCAGGUCCACCAAGGAAAGAGGAAACAGCUGCCCAGCUGCCUUGUGGGGAGAAGGACGCCCGCCAGCCCCCAGCUGUGCCCGCAUCCCAGCUGGCAUGCACUGUCCCCGCCCAGCCUGGCCCAAAGGGGGAAUCAUGAGUCACACAACACACGGUUGUGUUAAGCCACUGGGGGAUGAUGGCAAAUGUGCCAGAUGACGGCUGGGAUCUGAGGAGAAGCUGACAGGCUGGAGCGAUGGGCUGGAUCUAAUGAGAUGAAACUUAACAGGGACAAACGUGUGUAUUUCCCUCUAUGUGUUUGUUCGUGCCCUGCCUCCAAGCCUGGGGAGAUGCGGGGGACCAGCCGCUCACAGGAGGAAGGCAGUGAACUGCCCGCAUGGCCCUCGGGGCCCAGACCUGGGGGUGGGCAGGGCGGGCUGAGGGGUGAUGGCUGUGCCUGGAGCAGCAACGGGAGGUGGUCUGGCUUCAUGGAGCUCCUGCAGCCCCAGGUGGAGGCAGGUCCUGGGAGUCAGCGCUGAGGCGGGAACUUUCAGGCACUCAAGCCCAGCCCCCGACAAGGUCCGCCCAGGAAAGGCCAGGAUCCUGGGCAGCCUCUCGCUUUAGACACGUCCCAGCAAGACUCAGGCCUGGGCCUCCGAGACCCCGCCCCCAAAGAGGCGGGGGGACACACAGGUCAGCUCUGCCAAGAACUCUCUCCACUCUGCACCCCACGCGGACAGGCCGGGGCUCGGAGUUCCAGCAGCUUGGCUGAGGGUGGGAGUGAGAGACUCGCUCCCUCUGACAGGCACCCCAGUCCCUCUGAGGGCCUCGUGAAGGAGGCCUCGGGGAGACAACCCUCGGCUCUGCGGAAAGGAAGGCCUCGCUGUUUUGAGUCUCAGGCUGCCUCGGAGCUAAUGAGCCUCCCGUCACUGGAGGUAUGUAAGCAGGGACUGCAUGGGCACCCAGCAUGGAUCCUGCACGGGGUGGAUAAAGGAGCCCAGUGGGUUGGAAGGUUUGCCCUGCACCGAAAUGGUGCAACAUUAGGCAAGCUUUCGGCCGGAGCUUGGCAACAUUCCACCCGUGGGAGUCCUGACUGGAGCCGCUCCCUGGGGUUCAGGAGUUAGACGGAGAAAUGGAAGAGCUUGUGGUGGCAGCCAGGGCUGAGGGUGCCUGGCAUGCCCAAGGGCACUGUGCCUUGGGGGGUGGCCGGGGUCAUCAAAGGUCGGGGAGAGUCCGUCCCCCUCACACAGCCACGGCUCCUCAUCCCGCAUGUGGCCUGGUGCUCCAGGGAAGGCUGGGGUGCAGGAGGCCCCUCAUGCCUGUCCUGCCCUUGUCCUUCGAGAGGCAAUCAAGUCUGCUCGCCCAGCUCACCUCUCAGCACUGCCGAGGCCCCAUGGAAGCUGGUAUUCACGGGCCAGCCCGGCCUGGCCUGCAAGAGGAUGUCACCCCUGCCAAAGGCCCCGCAUCCUGCCGACGGCCAGCACGAGAGCAGGUCCAAGCCUCCUCUCAAAGUGGGGCCCUGCCAGGCAAGUGGGGGCAUCCACCUGCCUGGAGGGGACAGGAGCAGCAGGCACCCUCCCCACUGUGUCACCACCACAGGUUCACCACAUCGCAGACAGCCCCGUCACCCCCUCCCCUCCUUCCCUCUCCCUGUUGGAAGGAAUGCUCCUCCCUACCCUUGCUGUGCCCGGAGGGCUUCCUGGAGGAGGAGUGAAUUCCCACCGGGCCAGGGAAGGUGAUGGUGAGGAUGAUGAUGAUGAAGAAAAUGUGUGACUCCAGAGGGUAUGACUAUGAAUAAACAGGUGGAUGUAACCAGCAUUCAGACUUCAGCUCACUUCAAAGAACUUUUCUAAGAGGCAGAAGCAUCUCUGCCUGGAGCAGGCUGCUCCGCGAGGUGGUGAGCCCCCUGUCCUCAGAAGCAUGCAAGCACCAAGGCCCUGUGGAGAGGUGCCUGUGCAGGGAGGGGAAGGCUCCAGGGAGCGUGAGGGUGGCCAGCAGGGGGCAGCAGCGCAGCAGGGGAGAAGGGAGGUAGCCCGCCAACCUCCCCACCAGCUCUGGGGACAGAAUGGCUCUGGGCCAGGCUGCCUUGCUUCGGGGCAGAGAGGAGCCCCGGCCACGGGUUCUGGCCCAGACUGAGGCAUGCCGUGCGGGGUCAGGCCCAAGUCCUGACACCCGGGAGCUGGGCUGGGGGACAGGAAAGGAGGGCUCCGAGGCUUCAAGUGAGGAACCCCAACGCUGAGCACGCGGUUGGCCUGAGGGGCUCUGGGCAGACAGGAGAGGCCAGUGAGCGGUGCCGCAUCCCAGGAGACAAAGGCACAGGCCCCAGGAGAUGCUCUGGCACCUGCUGGGAGAGCCACCGGCCAGCAGCGUCCAGGAGGAGCCUGGGCUUCAGGCUCCUGGGCCACAGGGAAGGUUCCCUGACAAAACCAAACCAGAGCAAACAAUGAAACCUCUCCUAGGAGGAGGCCUGACACCCACCAUUACUCACUCCUGUAGCUUAACCCCCCGUCCUGUCCUAACGCAAGCCCCUCAGAGCCUCCAGGAGCAGAUCUGCCACAGGAAAGAGAGAGAAUGCAGAGCGUCCGGUGGAGAAAAUGUGAGGAGGCCGAGUUGGGGGGAGGGGGCUGGGUGCCCAGGCUUUACCUUUGGCCAAGGGCCAGCUCUAAGGACAAUGCGGGGGUGGGGAGCCAUUCCUGUGUGCAGGGAGCAACACUGGACAGGACAGGCCCACCCUCCACCCAAAGACAACAUUCACAUAUGCAAACCCCCCCACAUAUGUGUAAACCUGUGCACACGUGCAUGUGUGAGAAAGUACACACACAAACAAGCACCCACCACGCUCACCCUCCGGGUGCUGCACAUGACAUGGAACCCAGGAAAAGAAGACUGGGCCCAGGUGACCCCAGAGGAGGCAGGGAGCUGCCACCACUGCUCCUCCCAGCAGGCGCCAGGCAUUGCCCUGAGCUGCACCACCCCCCCUUCCGCCCCCAGGAAAUGCUUUCUGACUUAGGGUCCGUGCCACCGCCUCCAGUGAACAUGUAUGGAGAGUCUGCAGGAAGCUGCGGGAGCCCUGGAACACCUGAGGGGUGGAGAGAUAAACCGCUCAUGGAGGAUAUGCUUCUCACGUUCACAUCUGCCCCCAGCGUCCUCAGCCCACCCCACCUGCACGCCGCACCUGCACAGCACAUCUGCCCGGCUCACCUGCACAGCGCACCUGCACAGCACACCUGCACGACACACCUGCACAGCGCACCUGCCCAGCUCACCUGCACGACACACCUGCACAGCGCACCUGC